GUUGCAGCCGCGCAGGGCGCGAGGGACCCGCAGCUCCCGGGCUGGCGCCGACCUGGGCCGGAGCCCUAGGCGCCAGAGCAGGGGUGGAGCUCGGAGUGGCCAUGGGCUACCAGGGACAGCAGCGCAUCGUCCCGCCGCAGGGGGAUCUAGAUGACCGAGAAACCCUCGUUUCUGAGCAUGAGAAUAAAGGGAAAUCUUGUCAGUCUGCUGCUGUUUUUAAUGUUGUCAACUCGAUUAUAGGAUCCGGUAUAAUAGGACUGCCUUAUUCAAUGAAGCAAGCUGGGUUUCCUUUGGGAAUACUGCUUUUAUUCUGGGUGUCCUAUAUUACAGACUUUUCUCUCGUUUUAUUGAUAAAAGGAGGGGCCCUCUCUGGAACAGACACCUACCAGUCUUUGGUUAACAAAACCUUCGGCUUUACAGGCUAUCUCCUGCUCUCCAUUCUACAGUUUUUGUACCCUUUUAUAGCUAUGAUAAGUUACAACAUAAUAGCUGGAGAUACUUUGAGCAAAGUUUUUCAAAGAAUCCCAGGAGUUGAUCCUGAAAAUUUGUUCAUCGGUCGGCACUUCAUUAUUGUGCUUUCCACCGUUGGCUGCACCCUGCCUUUGUCCUUGCACCGAGACAUAGCGAAGCUCGGAAAGAUCUCCUUUAUUUCUACAGUCUUAACAACUCUAAUUCUUGGAAUUGUAAUAACAAGGGUAGUUUCACUGGGUCCACACAUAUCAAAAACAGAAGAUGCCUGGGUUUUUGCAAAGCCCAAUGCCAUUCAGGCUGUUGGAGUUAUGUCUUUUGCAUUAAUUUGCCACCACAACUGCUUUUUAGUUUACGGUUCCUUGGAAGAACCCACAGUAGCUAAGUGGUCCCGCAUCAUCCACAUGUCCAUCUUGGUGUCGGUAUUUAUCUGUGUGCUCUUUGCUACAUGUGGAUACCUGACUUUUACUGGCUUCACCCAAGGAGAUUUAUUUGAAAAUUAUUGCAGAAGUGAUGACCUGGUAACUUUUGGGAGGUUUUGCUACGGCGUCACUGUCAUCUUGACAUAUCCAAUUGAAUGCCUUGUGACGAGAGAGGUAAUUGCCAAUGUGUUUUUUGGUGGGAAUCUUUCAUCAGUGUUCCACAUUGUUAUAACAAUGGUGAUCAUUACUGUAGCCACGCUGGUGUCGUUGCUGAUUGACUGCCUUGGAAUAGUUUUAGAACUCAAUGGUGCACUCUGCGCCGCGCCCCUGAUUUUCAUCAUCCCGUCAGCGUGUUAUCUGAAACUGUCUGAAGAACCAAGGACACACUUAGAUAAGAUCAUGUCCUGUGUCCUGCUGCCCGUUGGAGCUGUGGUGAUGGUUUUUGGAUUCGUCAUGGCGAUCACAAAUCCUCAGGACUGUACUCACGGGCAGGAAAUGUUCUACUGCCUUUCUAACAAUUUCUCCCUCACAAACGCCUCAGAUUCUUAUUUUCAACUGACAACACAAUAUUCCCUCCUAAACACCAGUACCUUUCAGUGAGCUUACUGCCUUAAAAAUACGCAUGUUUCCAUAGACUUGUAAGUCACCUAAUAAUACUCACGUGUUCUAGUCUCUCUGUUAUAAAGUUUUCAGUUUGGCACUUACCAAGACUUGCUUUCUUCGCUGUUUAGUGCAAAGUAAAAGUUAAAGAAAAAAAAAAA